AUAGACUGUAGACAUAGUACAGGAAAUGACCAGAAACUGCGGAUGUACUAUAGGAGAUGACCAGAGACUGCAGACAUAGUACAGGAGAUGACCAGAGACUGCAGACAUAGUACAGGAGAUGACCAGAGACUGCGGACAUACUGCAGGAGAUGACCAGAGACUGCGGACAAAGUACAGGAGAUGACCAGAGAUUGCGGAUAGUACAGGAGAUGACCAGAGACUGCAGACAUAGUACAGGAGAUGACCAGAGACUGCGGACAGGAGAUGACCAGAGACUGCGGACAUACUGCAGG